AUCGAUUUUGGGCCAUAUUAGAACAGCCCAAUAUGAAGUCUUAUCCCCCUAUAAAAUCCAACUGAUAAAGAAGUAGGGAUUCUCUUAGCAGGAAAUUUAGGGUUUUUGCCGCUCUCCUCCGUCCGCAACCGUCGACUCCUCGCUGAAUCUCACCAGCUCGUCAACAUGACUAAGAGAACCAAGAAGGCUGGUAUUGUCGGGAAAUAUGGUACCCGUUAUGGUGCCAGUCUGAGGAAGCAGAUCAAGAAGAUGGAAGUCAGUCAGCACAACAAAUACCUCUGCGACUUCUGUGGCAAGUAUGCAGUAAAGAGGAAGGCUGUUGGAAUUUGGGGUUGCAAAGACUGUGGCAAAGUGAAAGCAGGUGGUGCUUACACCAUGAACACUGCUAGUGCUGUGACAGUUAGGAGCACUAUCAGGAGGUUGAGGGAGCAGACUGAGAGUUAGAUUGUUUAUCAUUAUUGUGGAGAAAAGCUUGUUCUUGUUAUUUCCUUGAUUAGACUUCAUGUUUCAGACUACUUUUAGAUGCAGAAGUUUUGGAAUUCUAUAUGUAAGCUCACAGUAUUCCCUUGAAAGUGUCGAGACUCUUCGCCGAAUCUCACGUUUGCAAAGCUUUUUGGUUGUUUAAUCCCUUGAUCAAUUAUGCUCCAUGACGUCAGCGGGUUUGUGUUUUGCAUGGCGUUGGGAAUUUUAAUACAACAAAACAACCCCGCAAUUGGGUUUUACAACUUCAGGAGUUGCAUUUUAUAUCUCAAAGCAAGAACAAGAAUGAAUGGUAUGAAACGAA